UCACAGCUAAGCAUAAUUCCUCUGCAUUGGCUCGGCUUUGGCUACGCCGCUUUGGUGGCCUCAGGAGGGCUCAUUGGCUAUGCAAAAGCAGGCAGUGUCCCAUCGCUAGCUGCUGGCCUUUUCUUUGGGAGUUUGGCUGGACUGGGUGCCUAUCAGCUCUCACAGAACCCAAAUAAUGUUUGGAUUUCUCUGAUUACGUCUGGAACACUGACUGGCGUCAUGGGAACAAGAUUUUACAACUCUGGAAAAUUCAUGCCUGCAGGGCUGAUUGCUGGUGUCAGUUUGCUAAUGGUUGGAAGAUUAGCACUGAAGGUGAUGGACAAGCCCCACGAUAAGUAACUGUUAAUUUUACAGUUUAAUGUCUGGAUAAGGAAACCUGAUAAUGAAGUUGCAUGAAUGCAGAAGCAAGAAG